CUGUUUCCCAUCUAACACUUUCCCCAAACACGCCCUAAAUCUAAUGACCCGACUCUCAUCUCGUCCGUGCCUAACCCAUACCCAGUGCUCCCAUAGUUAACAACCGAUUUUUAUUUAUUUUAAUCAUUAUUUUUUGAGUUUUUAAAUUCCAACGUUCCAAUCCGCUUUCUCGGAAAUUCAAAUUCCGCGCGUCUAUGGAUUCCAACGGGAAGUUGUGAGUUUACUGAUUUUGUAUGUUAAAGAGAAAAUGUUUUUAGGGCAAAGAGGGAAUUCGAAUCCCGCGUCCGUACUUGCUGCUCUCAUGAGUAAGAGAGAGAGGUUCCAAGAAGAGCUCCGGAAUAUUGAAAAGCAGGUGUAUGAUUUGGAGACAAGAUACUUACAAGAUUCAGGCCAAUAUGGGACUGCAUUGAAAGGUUUUGAAGGGUUUCUUUCUUCUUCAAAGAACACAACAAACUUGAAGAGGUCCAGGAAAUUGCAGCCUGAAGAUAGAAUCUUCUCGUUGUCUUCAGUUACCUCACCAGCGGCUGAAGAACUUGGAGUUGGACGUGAUGAUGGAAGAUCUGAUUAUGGCCCUGGUAGGUCUAAGGCGGGAAGCUUACCUUCAAAUGGACAGGGUAAACCAAAGAAGGGAAGAGCAGCUUCAGCAGUAAGAGAUGGAAAGAGAAACAGGGCAUUAAGUGAAGCAGAUUUUGAUGAUGAAGAUGAUCCUGAUAUGAGCCUGAGAUAAUUUCAUUUUGAGGACAUUGUAAUGUGUUAAAGUUUAGAAUGGUUGAAUUGCAUAGGAUUUAGAAAGAGCCUUGAAAUUGCAUUCUUAAUUUAUUAUCCCCUCCUCCUGUAUCUAACCACUGUAUGAAUUAUGUUUUACAUUUUGCUGUAAUAUUAUGUUAUCAUAUUAUUUUUAAAAUA